AGUCCUGGACUCUUCGAUGUCACAAAGAGAUAACUAAAAAAGUACAAACUUUUCACCAAAUUUAGAACUAGUCUUUCACACGCAAUAUCCACUCACUUCACUUAAAUCUUUUUUAUUUUAUUUUUAUUUCCUUUAAAACCUCUCCGAUUUGCCUAAAUGUAUCGCAAUUAACAACAGUUCAGGCGCCGAGACAUCAGGAAUAUAUGUAUUACGUGGAAACGAACCCACCAAGUUAUUUUAACUAAAAGUUGAAGCAAUAAGCCAUUACUUCCUUCAGCUUCAUCUCUUUCCUAUAACUGUUGGCUGAGGAAGUGUGGUAUACAAACAAGAAUGGUUCUCGAAACUAUUUUAUCUCCUCAUCGGAGGUCAGCAUCAUUCAAGAGGCAAUUUCCUCGAGAUGAAUUGGGUAGUUGGUCGACGCUCCUCCAGAGGCAUCGUUUCCUCUUGACGGCACUGGUUCUCUUGGGCUUUCUCUGUACUGUAUAUCUCUAUUUUGCUGUCACUCUAGGUGCCACAGGAUCAUGCACCGGAUUAACUGGAGCGCAGAGAGCUCAGUGUCAAUUAGAGCAUGUGAAGGCCUCUGUCUCAAAGGGCAAACUGAAACUUUUCUAGCAUAUAGAUCACAACCCAACCCAUAUUGUUUUGUAUGUUAAUUUUCAGAUUAAAGAGGGUUGGGAAUUUAAGAAUGUUAUGUAGUCACAGUAAUUAUGCUUCAACUUGGUGGUGUUCUUGUACACAUGAUUGAUUGUAUCAGAAUUUGUUUUGGAAGCUUAUUAUUUUUAUUAAUGAUUAUUUUUCAUUAUUUUGGUAA